AUGGCGCCGGUGGCCCCGGUUUCGGCGCCCCAGAUCCUCAGCUUUGCCCUCAGGGACCGGCCGAAGCGAGCUAACGCAAUCAUUAGAAAACGACGCAUCCGUUGCGAUGAGGGGAAGCCAUCCUGUCUAAAUUGCGGCAAAUCAAAGCGAACUUGCGAAGGAUACGCACCAAAGUCCACGGGAAAUGAACGUAGAUUGCAGGAAUACCGCCCACUGCUCAUUCGACCCAACUACGAGAUGUACAUGUUUACUGCACAACUCGAGAAAGAUCAAUUCGAGUAUUGGAUGACAUUCAGCAAGCAGUUUACUCUGUUUCCGUCGGAUCUCAUCACACAGCUCAUACCACAAAUUGCCCGUGAAGAGCCGGCCAUCAGACACGCAGCGUUUGCCAUUGGCGCAGUCACUUUGGGCAGCGAUAGUCGCCUACAAUGCACCAGUGGCGCGGGUCCAUUCAUGAAGGAUGCUUUGCAACAUUAUGUAAUAUAG